AUCUGACGCGUGUAGGCAGCGUAAUUGGCGAGUACGUCAGGUAAAUGCAAAACAUGGAGGAGUCAUUCCCUGACAAUUAAAAGUUAUUUUUUUAAACAGUCGAUCAUGGCUAAGCAGUACGAUAUUUUGUUCCGGAUUCUCCUACUCGGGGAUUCAGGUGUCGGCAAGACGUGUAUGCUGCGUCGCUUCACGGACAAAGAGUUCGAUACAGGACAUAUCUCCACCAUCGGUGUGGACUUUAAAAUGAAAACUCUAGAAAUAGAUGGAAUCAAGGUGCGGGUACAAAUAUGGGACACCGCCGGUCAGGAACGCUAUCAGACUAUUACCAAACAGUACUACAGGCGUGCACAGGGUAUCAUCUUUGUUUAUGACAUCACCAGCGAGUCCUCCUUUCAGCACAUCGUCAAGUGGGCCACCGACGUUGACGAGUACGCACCGGAAAAAGUGCAGAGGAUUUUGGUAGGAAACAAAUCAGACGAAGAGCCCAGGAGGCGAGUGACGAGGGAGGAAGGAAGCAAGCUGGCGGAAAGGUACGGAAUGGAUUUCUUUGAAACCAGCGCGUCCACGAGUCACAACAUCGAAAAGUCAUUCAAUCGAGUGACAGAACUGGUGCUGCAGGCUCACAAGAGAGACGUGGACAACCUGCUGGGAUCUCUGGAUGAUUAUUUAAACAAGGCCGGGUUGGACGAAAACGGUCAAGAUAAUAGCAUUCGGAGAGUUUGUGCCUGUGCCAGAAUGUUUUAAAUUAACAUUUUGUUUACGCUCUUAAUUUAAUUCACCAAUUUUUUUUUUGGGGGACCUGCCAACAGAAGGCAGUAAUAUAUCACAUCUACUUUCCCUACUUUUCAUCCUGUUGCUUUCUAAUCUUAUUUAUAGUUUGUUAAUUUAUAAUGCAUUGUUCGGGUGUAAAGUGAGAGGAAGGCUAUUAAUUAUUUAAACCUUGAAACUUGACGCUUCAUUCAUUUCCAUGUGAUCCCCUUUGUAUGUUUAUUCUGUUUCUGAAAGCAGUACAGUGAACUCCUGUUCGAACCAUAAAUCGGAAAAGUCCGUGAGUAAUUGAUGCCCAACCCAAAAAUGUUUGCCAUUGUUUACAGACGCUGAUGGAACAAAUAUUUUUUUUUCCUGGCUUGAUUAAAUGAAGUGCUUCCCCUUCACUUCAACAUUGUCACCAACAUACCUCAAGAAUGUGCCAAUGGUGACAUUUUUAUACUAAACACAAAUUUGGGAAAACAGCAAUUAGGUGAGUUUUACAACAAAUAAUAGAGGAUGGGUUCUACAAAAAAAAUCCAAUGCAGAGGUUCACUGUACAGUACCAACGUGAAAAUGUUCGGCACAGCACUUAAGACUCUUGAAAUUCUAUUAAGUUUCAGAUGCCAUUUUACCUGAAUGUUUUUAUUAAAGUGCCAUGAAAGACAUCCAAGAAUGAAAUAAAUGUUGAAGAA